AUGCCGCUGGAGAUAGCCCGAGAAGCAGGUCACACGGUGCCCUGGCCAAGAGGGCUCUGGCUGAGAACCAUGAUCCUCCUGCCGCCCAUCGCCUUCACGAGAAUUGUCAAAAUAACUGCGCCAGCCGCAUCUGAUUCAAAGCCCUGGCAUACCGGCACCGCAAACUUUGAUGUACCUGACGAAACACUCUUAUGCGACGGUCUCCCACAGGUGAAUACGGUUUUGGGAAAAGAUUGGGUUAGGGCAAGGAGCUCUGGCUUACUUGGUGCCGGUGGUCGGAUAGGGGAAUUUUCCGCACAAGGUGGAACAGUGCCAAUACUGGAUACCCACCCAGAGUGGGCAGCAGAGCUAACGAAUGAGGUCACUAUGGGUGUGCAGACGGAUGGCUACUCCGGUCUUGAUCCUCUCCAGAGAGCGUAUUUUGGGGGUCAAGUUCGCGAUAUUGAAAUUGUUUUGGUAUCUGUACAGGAUGCUAGCGCAUUGUACCCGCAUUUGUUCCAAACCUACUCCG